AUGAGGACCUCCCUGCUCCCAGCUCUCGCCGCCGUCACCCCGGUCCUCGCCGGGUUUGACACCUGGGCGCCCCCGGGACCGUAUGAUGUGCGAGGCCCAUGCCCCAUGCUCAACACCCUCACCAACCACGGCUUCCUUCCUCACAAUGGUCGGAACAUCGACCAGGAGACAACCGAAAACGCCCUGUAUGAUGCCCUCAACCUGAAGAAGACUUUGGGCGGCUUUUUGUUCGACUUCGCCAUGACCACCAACCCGAUCGCCAACGCGACCACCUUCUCUCUGAACGAUCUCGGAAACCACAACGUCCUCGAGCACGACGCCAGUCUCAGCCGUGCCGAUGCCUAUCACGGAAGUGUCCUUGCCUUCAACCACACCAUCUUCGAGGAGACCAAGUCUUACUGGACCGACGAAGUCAUCACCCUCAAGAUGGCCGCCGACGCGAGAUACUACCGGAUCAAGACUUCGCAAGCCACCAACCCGGAGUACAGCAUGUCCGAGCUCGGCGAUGCCUUCACCUACGGAGAGUCGGCUGCCUACGUCGUUCUCUUUGGCGACAAGGAGUCCAGGACCGUCCCGAGGAACUGGGUCGAGUGGCUUUUCGAGAAGGAGCAGCUGCCUCAGCACCUCGGCUGGAAGAGGCCGGCCGUGGAGUUCGUCGACGGCGAUUUGGAGAGGUUCAUGGGCGAGAUUCAGAACUACACCAGGGAGAUCGAGAACCCGGCAUGCGAAUCACGCAAGCAGCGCCGCAGGGGCCGGGUUCCUUCCCACUUCGGUUUCUAA